CUUGGGAUAUUCCUUAGUUCUUUGGGACUAAAUGGGGAAGCCACUUACUAAAACAAAUAUUAUAAAAGUGAAAUAUGCAAAGUGAAAUAAAUUCCAUCUUCCUUUUGAAUGGUAAAUUAGAGAAAAUGAAAAUAUCUCGUGAUACUAUGUGCAAAAUUUAAUAAUAAUGUUCAAAGCAUUUAUAUUGCCAGUGGUAUUUGAGCUUUCCUUAUAUGUAUUGUUCUUCUUUAAAAUUAAGGAAUUAGCCUGUUUAGAAAUAUUUUAAUUCUGAAUCGUCAAUAACAAUGUUUUUUAUUAAAUUUCAAACCAUAUUAAUAUAUAAUCAAGUCAAAUCCAGUUUCCCUUUCAUACCUAAAUCCACUAAAACAGACGGGUCGCCUUCGAUUCCGCUUCACUCUAUUACUGUGUGCCAGCUCUUCAGAUGGUUCAUCUGUAGGCAUAUUAGAUCUGCCGAAGAAUUUAGAACGAAAUUUGUCCUACCCUGGAUCCACUAGAAUAAAAAUUACUUCAGAAAACUUCGAAAAGUCAGAAUGUGUCGAAAGCAGAGAGAGGGUUUUUUUAAAGAUCUAAACUGCGCUGCGAAGCAGUACGGGCUGUGAAGGAGCCUCCCUCAUUUUGGCUUAAUAGUAAGAGUAUCUUGAGGUGCAGGAUUUUGCAGUGUUAUAAUAAGAUGUUAGAAAUCUCAUCCUUUAAAAAAUAACGCAGAUAUUCACAGAUUGACAGCCUCGUAUCGAAUUUCUGAGCUUGAAUGCUCAUGCCUUUUAAAAGUAAAGUAUUGUUUUGUAUGGAACACCGUAAGUAAAAUCAGGGUGUGAUGUUCGGCUGGUGGCAAGGAUCUAGUGGAAAUAUUCAGAGCGGUGACGGUUUGGGCGUCUCUUCUUGCCCGCUCUUUGAAAACCUGCUUGUAGAGAAAGAUCGUUCCCCAUCAGAAGUGGACUAGAUGCCCUCAGUAAGCAAAGCGUGUCGGUUACAAAGGGUUUUUUUUAAAAAACGUGUGCAAAAAGACUCACCCAAAGUAGGGAAAUGUCUUCACUCUAUUUCCAUAAAGUAGCAGAGAAUGUUUGCAUUCGCGAUAAUUUUUUUUUUAAAAGCAACACGAUCGAGCAAAAUAACAUUAACUUGAUCACCACAUGUAGCUUUUUAAAAAUACAACUUUGAUCUCUAAACUUAAGAGGAAAAGAAAAUGGGUGCAGAAAUAUAUGCUGUAUUUGAAAUUUGACUAAUGUAGCAGUUUUAUUCCUGAAAUCAAGAUGCGUGUAUAGAUGUGAAAAGUGUCUAUCUAUCUAUCUAUCUAUCUAUCUAUCUAUCCCCAAGAUUAACUAUUUUUGAAUAUAGCUCUCCAUCCUAAACAUUGAUUUCAACUUGUUCUUCCAAAGAGAUUGCCAUUGGCAGAGAAACUUUUCUUAAAAAGCAAACUUUAAAAAAAUCUCAUUAAAUCAGUUCAAAUAAAACUAAUAUCCAGUAUUUUGAAUGUAUGUUUGCAUAUCUUUUUUUUUUUGAGAAAUCCUUAUUUUUACACUGCACUGCCUCCCCUCCCCUUCUUUUGCUCCUGUUUAAAGCGAUUGUUAUUGUUUAAAGAGACCCCAUUGAACUAUUUCCUGCUCAUUGUCACCUCUCUCUCCCCCUCUCCCUCUAUCCAGAGAUUCUCACAGAAAGGUAAUAAACUGUUCCCUCACACCACAGAUCGCAGCACCUCCUGAGAAUUCAAACCAUUCCAAAGCAUUAGUAUGUUUCAAAACAUUCAUUCUCUCCCUCUGUAUUUACGUCUUGGCCCGUGAGACUGACGGAAACUCUCAGGAUUGGAAAGUUUUUCAUUUAAAACACGAUUCACGAGACUUUGAUAACUCGCAGGUUUCAGAGUAGCAGCCGUGUUAGUCUGUAUUCGCAAAAAGAAAAGGAGGACUUGUGGCACCUUAGAGACUAACAAAUUUAUUAGAGCAUAAGCUUUCGUGAGCUACAGCUCACUUCAUUUGAUAACUCGGUAAUUCGAAGUGAGGAUCAUUCCGGGAAGUGAGCCUCACUUAGAGUUACCGUUUUUUAAUUUAAAACACACAAAGCCCUUUUUUCCCUAAUCCAACUAUACACAUUUAUCCUUGUUAUAAAGAGUUAUAAAGAGGGGGGAGUUUUAAGCCUCAAUUUAUCGAUAUAAUGUUUAUAAAUAUUUCCAAUUUAAAUGUUAGUAUAAUUAGAUGGUUGUAAGCAUCAGUCAUUUUCAUAUGCACAUGUACCAUAGAGAUUCGUGGUAAGAGACAGAGCUACCGUCCUUCUAAAAGAUGAUCUGAGGUGGUCAGUACAUUCUUUAGGUUGUGUGAAAGCAAUAGUUCAAUGAGAUCAUCAGACUGAGUUUGAGGGUUUAUUUCAGAGAAGUGCUUUCUGGUCAGUUGCUUUUUAAUUAUUUUAAACAUUUCUUGUCAGCUUAAAAUUGGCCUCAUGCUAAUUUUAAUGUUCACAUAGACAGGAAUGUCACAAUCUGUGACAAUGUGAAUGUGAGGUUUCUGUUUGAAGAGGUGAUACUUUUUCAAUUUGCAAUAGAAAUACAUUGCAAAUAUCUUCAACAGCAGAGGGGGUGGGGGAAGGACUUUUAAUAUUGAUUAAAUAAUAACUUGCGCUAGGGGUGUCUCCUUUCUAGGAUUGGCUGGUCUAGCAUGGUGUCUAAAAUAAAACCUCUAGGGUUUGCAGCCCUGUGUUGCGAGCGGCAUGUCAAUGUACCUAUAAUGACUGCUGCUGAGAAGGCAGGAGGAUGCUGCACACAGGUUAUGGGGCUGUUGCUGAGAUGGGCCAUUUCCUCCGAGGCUGCUGAAGCUCCAACCCCGGCGGCUUUGAUAGAGGUGCAAACAUUUGGGGGCAGAUUUACAUAAAAUAGCCGUGUUUAAUCCCACUGGCCGCAAUUAACAUCACAGGCUUCCCCGGGCACCGUUCUGAUAUGGCCGCAGGGAGCCAAUCAGCUGGGGCGGCCGGACACAUCAAAGGGGUUCUCCUCCAAUCAGGGGAGCCCCCCCACAGGCACAGUGAUGUCACCAGGCGAUAUUUAUUGGGGGGGUAUAAUUGCUGCCCCCUUGGCCAGUUCCAGUCUCGCUGACCAGAGAGGUCAAGUGGAUUAACCCUUCUGCCACCACAUUGCAACCAGCCUGGAUCCUUCCCCCUGUAAGCAGCCAGGACCCCCGCCCAGGAGCCCCGGGGGCCUCCUCUCCCGCGUGGCUGUUCAGUGUGCAAUCGCCUCUGAUAAGUUCUACCAGGAGUUGGAGCCGGACCUGAGGCUGGAAGUGGCUCCUGGGCAGUAAGUGGUUUUGGGGGAGGGGGAGGAGAGAGGAUGAGUUCUCCCGGCACGGAGAGCUCCGGCAAGAGCUUGCAGUACCGGGUGGACCAUCUCCUAAGCGCGGUGGAAAACGAGCUGCAGGCUGGCAGCGAGAAGGGAGACCCCACGGAGCGGGAGCUACGAGUCACUCUGGAGGAGAAUGAGCUGUGGCUGCGCUUCAAGGAGCUCACCAACGAGAUGAUCGUGACCAAGAACGGCAGGUAGGGUCGGGACGCCGCUGGCAACCCCGGGGGGGGGGGGGGCUGCCCAGCUCCCACUGCUGCUGGAGACAACCGCAGCCCCAAAUGACUGCACAGCCCUUGGGGCUGAGGAGGCCCCUGGCCCUCGUCCCGCUGGGGUUCCCUGCCCCCGGUUCAAGGAUCCCUCCCUGCAAUAUUAUGUUGGGCCGAGUCCGCUGCCCAGCCCCCAGGCCGCUGGAGACACCGCAGCGCAAUGCUGCGGGAGACUCUGCCCCCCGCCCCGGCGGUAUUUAUUUCUCCCCCUUUUUACAGGAGACUUCCCUCCCUCCAAUCCAGCCCUGCUGGGGAGGAUCUCCCCGAAACGUGGCUGGAGAAACCAGAUCCUCUGCCGCGGCUGGGGGCCCCCCCUCUGCCCAGCGCGGCCCCGGAGCGGGGGAGGCUGCAGCCCGGGGCGGGAGCCGGUUAGCUUUUGCCCGGAGCCGCACAAAGGGCCGGGGGGGUGGUUGGGAGCCGGCUGCCCCUUUGCUGCGGGGACAGCCGGGGAAAGGUCGAGGGCCAGGCAGGUGAGACGCUCGCGCGGCUUCCUGGGGUCCCUGUGGAAAGAGCGGAGCGGGGCUCAGGGCGCCCCGGGGCCGGGAUCGGCCUCGCUCCGAGGCCCGCGGCGGGGCGAGCGGGAGCCCGGGCCCGGCUGCCGGCUGCCCCCGGAGGUCCCCGCUGGCUCCCCGGGCCGUGGGGAGCAGUUCCCCCGCACAAUGCGCCUCUCCCUGGCCCUGCUCUCUCCCCCAGGCGGAUGUUCCCGGUGCUGAAGGUGAGCGUGUCCGGCCUGGACCCCAACGCCAUGUACUCCUUCCUGCUGGACUUCGUGGCCGCCGACAAUCACCGCUGGAAGUACGUGAACGGGGAGUGGGUCCCCGGGGGCAAGCCCGAGCCGCAGGCCCCGAGCUGCGUCUACAUCCACCCGGACUCGCCCAACUUCGGAGCGCACUGGAUGAAGGCGCCGGUUUCCUUCAGCAAAGUCAAACUCACCAACAAGCUCAACGGAGGGGGGCAGAUCAUGUUGAACUCCUUGCACAAGUAUGAGCCUAGGAUUCAUAUAGUGAGAGUUGGUGGCCCUCAGCGUAUGAUAACCAGCCAUUCCUUCCCAGAGACCCAGUUUAUAGCUGUGACAGCUUAUCAGAAUGAGGAGAUCACAGCUUUAAAAAUUAAAUACAAUCCAUUUGCAAAGGCUUUCCUUGAUGCAAAAGAAAGAAGUGAUCACAAAGAUAUGAUGGAUGAAGUCGGAGACAAUCAACAGUCUGGGUAUUCACAGUUAGGUGGCUGGCUUAUUCCUGGAACUGGGAGUCUGUGCCCCCCCUCCAAUCCUCAUGCUCAAUUUGGAGCACCUCUAUCACUGUCCUCUGCUCACAGCUGUGAAAGAUUCUCAUCGCUGAGGAAUCACCGUUCUGCCCCUUACCCCAAUCCAUAUGCCCAUAGAAACAACUCUCCAACAGCCUAUGCUGAUAAUUCCUCGGCCUGUCUUUCUAUGCUCCAAUCCCAUGACAACUGGUCCAGUCUAGGAGUUCCCACACACACUAGUAUGCUGCCCAUGAGUCACAGCACUGGCACAUCUACCAGCUCCAGUCAGUAUCCUAACUUGUGGUCUGUGAAUAACAGCACCAUCACACCCGUGUCUCAGUCAGGUGGGAUGUCCAAUGGACUGAGCUCCCAGUUUUUGCGAGGCUCUACAGCACACUACCCACCCCUUCCUCACUCUGUCACUGCCUCCUCCUCGGGAUCUCAGCUGUAUGACGCUGGCACACCAACAGACAUUUCUGACAGUCAGUAUGAUACCUCUGCACAUAAUAGGCUGGCAUCCACAUGGACUCCUGUCACACCACCUUCUAUGUAAACCAAGCCCUUUCUUUAAGAUAAAGACUUUCUAGCUAUUUAGUUACUCUUCAUACUGAAUCCACAAUGAAGUCUUGAGGAGGAGAAAAAGAGACAUGAAGUAAAUUACAAAGAAAAAAACUGCACUGCUUUUGUAUAAAGUAAUUCUUACAGUAUAACAAUGUAUCAUUAUAGAUUCUC